UGUCUACAAGGUCACGCUAAUGAAGUGGUCCUCGACUCCAUCAAAUGCAUUGGUGUCCACAUCCAUAUUCACGUAGUUGUCUUCAACUAUCAGACUACUGUAUAUAGUCUGAUGAAAUUCAGAGCAACACCGCGUAACGGUCAGCUGAUUGGCAAACACAGUGGAAAAUGUAUAUAUAAGUUAUAACCACUUCUUAGCAGUUAUAUUGUUGCUGUUGACGAAUAUUUAGAUUCCUCCUUUAUUUCACGGAGCAUCCUGGUUUCUUGGGUACUUCUACUUGCCUCCCCGGAGCUUUCCCACUUUUGGACAGUUUUGAAACCGGAAGUGUGAAAUACGUCAUCAUUAUUGGGCUUUUGCGUACUUCACAUGCAGUGAGAAAAACAACGUGGUUUUAUUUACAUUCAUAUUUGACAUGGGUAAAAUAGGUAAACCUCAGAAAACCAGGAAACAUAAGAAGGUGUUGCCGUUCGACUCAUCACUUGAAGGUGACAGAAAGAGCUUUAGAAAAGACAAAACUGCAGACAGACCUCCCAAAAAUGAAGAGGAACAAGAAAUUCCUAGAAAACUCAAGUUUUUCAUGGACCACAAAGGAAGCUUCCCCAAGAAGAAACUAAACCGAAGAAAAAAGUUGAAACAGCAGAGUGAUAUCAAGGAAUACGCAGAAAAGGGCAUGACAAAGCCAAUGAGACCAGCACCAAAGUUUACCCAACACAGGAAUGAGAGUGAUAGAAAGUUCAUGGCAAGAGUAGACAGAGAAACUCAGUCUGUGAUAUUAACAUCCAAGCUGUCAGAUGAGUUUGAGGUUGACUUUGACGAACUUGAACAAGGAAACGUGACAAAAAAGAAGAAACAGACAAACAGUGCUAAACUGCAGAGACUGAAGGAAAAGAAAACCUUCAAGAAAGAAAAGAAAAUGGAACAACAAAUGGAAAAAAAGGGAGAUUUCUCAUAUCUAAAUGAUAAAGUACAAUUUGGAGAGGUCGCCAUGGCACCACCUAGUCUGAAGGCUAAACCUAGAAAAGCUCCUGGAUCCAAGGAUGCCGUCCCUAGGCCUGGCAAAAAAUCUUUACUUCUGAAGGCGAUCAUUGCAGAGAAUACAAAUCAGAACUCAGGAAAAGGGGUUUUAUCGUCCACACGAGAAGUUGGUCAGAUAUUAAAACGUAAACAGAUGUCCCUCUCACAGCAGCACAAGAUGGAUAAUGAACGUGACCGAGCAAUACAGUUGUAUAGACAACUCAGAGACAAACAAAAUAAAACACCAAGCUGAA